CAUAAUCUUAUUGUUUUAUAUCGGCUACACCUCCCAACUCCAUUCUGCCUCGCCUCUCAGCAGUCAGCCCCCUGUCAAGAAAAGUGUUACAAAGGCGAUUUGAGGCGCAGUCUCAGAAUCCCUCCUCUAUGUCCCCUGAGGCGGAACCUUUCUUUCCCGGCCGGAACCUUGUGCAACACGUUCUGUGUUCCCGGCGGGCGACACUAGGCGGACAGGCCUGCAGAGACAGAGCAGAGGCGGUGGAGGAGAGUCGUAGAGGCCGGAACUAAAGCCUUGGGAGCGGGGAGAACGAAGAGAUAGAGCGUCGACGGGGGGAGCACCCAGAAUUCCCUGGAAGUGUUUGGCUUUCUGGCAGCUGUAGGAGGUGUAGUUAAACAACAGCUGAAGAGCCCAAUGCUGAGAAAUCCUGUGGCAACAUCCAGCCCUGUGCCUUUCCCUCUUUGUCAGAAAAGGAUGAGCAGAUAACCUGGGAAAUUUCUGCAAGAGCUUGAGAUGUCUGACGCAUCCAUCUCAGGGAGUGAGCCUGAAUUGGACCCAGAAGAUAUGGAGGAGGAAGAAGAAGACGAUGAAGAUGAAGAGGAGGAGGAGGAGGAGGAUGAGGAGGAUAAUGAUGGUGAUGAUGAGGAUGAUAUUCAAGAUAAAAAUGAGACAUCCCAGAAUGCAGCAUUGGGUGCAGACAGCUCUGAGCAAGGAGAGGAAGGAUGGAAGCGCUCAACUACCUCAGGACAGAGUGGACAAGAAUCUACAGAUGAGGCAAAUAAAAAGCGCUCACAGAAACCUGCAAACCUGAGAAGAAACAUUCGAAAACUCCUGCGGGAAGAUCAGUUAGAAUCUGUGACCAAGACAGCUCAGCAGGAGGAGUUGGAAAGACUUAAACGACUGGAACAACAGCGGAAGGAUUACCCAGUGCCGCUAACUUUGCCCACUGUAUCAUUAGACUUCCUGCAGGAGGAGAUUGAGCUGAGAGCAGCAGAUGUGUCACAGCUGGUGAAAAGCCAGGAAAUUAUCUGUCUUGACAGCAGCAGUGGUGACAGUGAGGAUGAGGGGAAGGUCAGAGCUCAUGGCAUUACAGAUGAAAUCAUUGAACUGAGCUCUGGUGAAGAGGACAAUCUACAAAUUUCAGAUAAUGCAGAUUCCACCAAUGAUAUUGAUGAAGACAUUAGCACUGAAAACAGUGGCUCCCAUGUCAAUGAUGCCUUGAAUCAAGCUGAUGCUUUGGGCCUUGUCCUAGUAAACAUUAACCACCCACCUAACGAGAAAGACAUUUUUCUGGCACCACAGCUCGCAAGAGCUGUCAAACCUCACCAGAUUGGUGGUAUUCGCUUCCUGUAUGACAAUCUUGUCGAGUCUUUGGAAAGGUUUUCAAGCAGCAGUGGAUUUGGCUGUAUCUUGGCCCACAGUAUGGGUUUGGGAAAGACUUUACAGGUUAUCUCCUUCCUGGAUGUGCUCUUCCAACAUACCUCAGCAAAGACUGUGCUUGCAAUUGUACCGGUCAACACAUUGCAAAACUGGCUUGCUGAAUUCAACAUGUGGCUACCUCCACCGGAAUCUUUGCCAAAGGAUCAUAACCACGAACUUCUCCAGCCACGUGCAUUCAAGGUCCACACUAUGAACGACGAGCACAAAACAACCACAGCACGAGCCAAAGUAGUAAAUGACUGGGUGACAGACGGAGGAGUCUUGUUAAUGGGCUAUGAAAUGUACAGGCUUCUUUCUAUGAAAAAAUCCUUUACUGCUGGUAGAAAAAAAAAGAGCAAAAAGGCUGCGGGACCUGUAAUUAUUGAUUUGGAUGAAGAGGAUCGUCAGCAAGAAAUUCUAAAAGGGAUAGAAAAGGCUUUGGCAAGGCCUGGCCCAGAUGUAGUUAUCUGUGAUGAAGGUCAUCGUAUAAAAAAUUGUCAUGCCAGUACAUCUCAGGCCCUGAAGAACAUCCGAUCACGAAGGAGGGUGGUAUUAACAGGCUACCCCUUACAGAACAACCUAAUUGAGUAUUGGUGCAUGGUGGACUUUGUGCGACCUGAUUUUCUUGGUACAAGGCAAGAGUUUAGCAACAUGUUUGAAAGGCCAAUCCUAAAUGGACAGUGUGUGGAUAGCACACCUCAGGACAAGAGACUCAUGCGAUACCGGAGCCACGUCUUGCACAGUUUGCUGGAAGGAUUUGUUCAGAGGCGUGGACAUACAGUGUUAAAAGCUCAGCUUCCAUUCAAAGAGGAACAUGUUAUCUUAGUGCGUCUGUCUAAAAUUCAGCGGGAUCUGUACACUGAGUUUAUGAACCGAUUUCGAGAUGCAGGAAAUAGUGGCUGGCUAGGCCUGAACCCACUCAAAGCAUUCUGUGUCUGUUGUAAGAUUUGGAAUCAUCCUGAUGUACUGUAUGAGGCAUUGCAGAAGGAAAAUUUGGCAAAUGAACAAGACUUAGAUGUAGAGGACUUGGGCACAAAUAAUCGUUGCCAUGGACAAAGUGGCAAGACCAAGGUAGAACCAAACAGCUUGGGAGCCCUCAUGGGAGAGACAGCACACACAAAGCAACUGCAGGGUAUUGCUCUGAACCCCUCCCAAGAAAAAGCCAAUCAGGUUGUCACAUAUGAAUGGGCCAAGGAGAUUCUUUGUGAUUACAUACCAGGCCAGCUGCAGAACUCGCCCAAGAUGGUGCUCUUGUUUCACCUGAUUGAGGAAAGCAUGAAAUUGGGUGACAAGAUUCUGGUGUUCAGUCAGAGCCUGUCCACCUUGUCCAUCAUUGAAGAAUUUUUAGCCAAUCGAAAAAUGCCAAUCCCAGCUGGGUCUGAUGGCCAGGAAGGUCACACAUGGAUUCGUAAUGUCAACUAUUACAGACUGGAUGGCAGCACUUCCGCCUCAGAAAGAGAAAGAUUAAUAAAUCAGUUUAAUGACCCUAGUAAUGAAAAGGUGUGGCUGUUCUUACUCUCCACACGUGCUGGGUGCCUUGGGGUAAAUCUGAUUGGUGCUAAUCGUGUAGUGGUGUUUGAUGCCUCAUGGAACCCUUGUCAUGACGCUCAAGCUGUUUGCCGAGUAUACAGAUAUGGGCAAAGGAAACCGUGUCAUAUCUACCGACUGGUAUCUGACUUUACUCUGGAGAAAAAAAUUUAUGAUCGACAGAUUACCAAGCAAGGAAUGUCAGACCGUGUUGUUGAUGAUCUGAAUCCUGAAAUGAAUUUUACACGCCGGGAGGUAGAGAAUCUGCUGCAUUUUGUGGAAGAGGAGCCAGAUGCCUCACGACAGCUCCUAGAUUCCUCUAGGCUCCAUGAAACUGUCCUACAGAAAGCCUGUCUCCAGUACCCUCAUCUAAUCACCAAGGAGCCUUUUCAACAUGAAUCCCUGCUAUUGGAUCGCAAGGAGCAGAAACUGACACUAGCUGAGAAAAAGGCUGCAAAGCGUGGUUAUGAGGAAGAGAAGAGAGCAUCAGUACCAUAUACACGACCUUCCUACUCACAGUACUACCCUGCUCCAGACCACAGUCUGAGUAACAUCCCUGCUUUUAGUCAGAGGCACUGGCGCCCACUCAUGAAGGGAGAUGACAGGCCUGUGGCCAGUGUACGGCCACUGCAGUCCACACCUAUUCCUAUGUUACCUAGACACGUAUCUGGGAAUCAUCCAGGAUCUGCAUCUGCUUCUGUUCACCCAUUUAACUUCCCAGUCAACUAUCUUCAGAGAGCAGGCGUGCUUGUGCAAAAAGUUGUGACCACCACAGAUAUUGUUAUUCCAGGAAUGACAACCUCCACUGAUGUGCAAGCACGAAUCAGCGCAGGCGAGAGUAUCCAUGUUAUCCGUGGUACAAAAGGAACCUACAUACGUACCAGUGACGGGCGAAUAUUUGCCAUCAGAGCAAGUGGAAAGCAAAAGAGUGGCGAAGUGCGCAGACUGGCAGCAUCAGGUGCACAGGGUAGCUCUGCUCCAUAUCUGAGUAACGGAAGGCACUCAACCUCCAGUCCCACACAACAAGAUUCCGAGGAUCCUCCCAGGCCCCUCUCACCAGACAGUCCUGAAAUCCUGAAUGAGCUGCAGAAAUAUGCAGAGGCGGCAGCUGCCCGUGGCUCACACGCAACCCCCCAACUUCAGAACAUGGACCUUCAUAACCAAGGACUUAACCCAGCUCCCAAAAUACAACCGAGAAAGCGGAAGGAGCCCCAAGACCAAUCCAGUCACUGGCCCCCCAGUAAGAGGAAUCCAUACUCACAGCUGAGUUACCCUAACCCAGGUGGAUUUGGGGUAACACCACCUUCCACAAUGAACCAUAACCUAGUCAGGUCUGCAAACCCUGUGUUUAUGGGACCAGGUGGGGGCUCAUCACACUUCCAACUACCCUCUUUGCUGUCAGACCCACAGACAGGACUGCCGCUGGUUCAGGACACUCUACUGAGCCACUCCUCGGGGACUUCCUCUGUCCCUCCACAUUAUCUGCUGCCCCGUGGUUUCCCUCUUCCAUUUUCACAGCCUCUGCUCCCUCAGACCCGAAUGUUUGCCCCUUAUCCUUCCCAAAUUCUCAGUCGGGGACUUCCCACUAACAACUCUGCUUCAAAUUUUCCUGGCUACCUCUCCUCUCACUCUAACUAUCAGGCCUCUCCUGGAACUUCAUCCCGGCUGCUCCCAUCAGGGGAGACAGAGCUAGGGUCUAGUGAGGAGGAUGGACGGGAUGAUGAUGUGGUGGAGGUGACAGGGGAGUGAAGAGGUAAGCUUGGGUGCAGGAAACCAUCAGCCACAUGUCAUUCCACAUGUAAAGGACAGUCAAAUGAUGUGCCCUGUGCUCAUCAGAUCAUUCGAAAUUCUACCUACUCAACUUAAGUGGCAGUUUAUGAACAUUCCUGCCAUGUCCUGAACUCCCUAUCAAACAAUCUGAAUGUUACUUAGGAUUGGUCUUGUCUGUCUGAUCCAAUGCAGGAAGAGGAUCUAUCAUUGUCCCACUUCUUAUAACUGUCUACCAGCUUGUGGAAAGCGUAGGGUUGUGGUAGUUAUUUUGAGUUAAAGUACCCAUAGCACUGUGCAGCUGUCAGCAGCCUUAGUUUCCAGUGCGCAUAGCCUUAGUGUAAUUUUAUACAAACUGUGGUUACACUAUAGCUUCCAGGGAUUAAGCUCUCAUCUAAUGGGUGACCAUAUUUAGAAGGAUCAUCGAAUUGCCAUUCUUUUAUUUUUUUGACCCCCUAAUGCUGCUAUUUGUUGUUGGUAAAAGAAUUACUAUUUCUUUUUCACAUUCAGCAGUGAAAAGGUUAAUGGACAUGGAGUUUUCUGUUAAUAGAGUUAUUUUUAAUUGUCCCGAUCAAUUGUAGAUGCAACUUAUGUCUCAUUUAUGUUUUUUUUCUUUUAAAGUCCCCUUUUAAAAAUAAUAUGCAGUAGGGAAGCAUAUGUCCAAGUGCUCAGACAGGGGUAUUAGACCAUUUACUGAUAAGCACAUUACACAUCAACAUCAGUAAAAUAAUCAAAUUGGGAAACUCCUGACAAUGUUUUUGUGCCCCUCCCUGCCAAUGACUUGAAAAUCUGUCCUUGCAGCCCUCCAGCAGUGGAUGGGAUCAUAUCCACUACAAAUAUGUAUCAAGGCAUUGAGGGGUACUUUCUAGACACUCUUUCUCUUGGCUGUUGAAAAUGGCAUAUUUGAAAGUUGUAUCCUUGUUUGUUUGUUUUGAAGCCUGUUGGCAUCAAUUAUCAAAGUUCAGUUUAACUGUGAUUAUGUUAUGCUGACUGAUUUAUAUAAAUUCUUCAACAUCCACUGUAAAAGUAAUGUUGCCUGUAAGGCAUUAGGUUAAAACACAGAACAAUGUCAAAGACACGACUUUCCCCAUUCUCCAGGAAAUAGUUAAAUAAUUGUUCAUUCAUGAGCAUCACGUAGCAUUCAAGGUAGAAUGAAAGAACACUAAAUUGUUUAAUGCUGCCUUAUUAACUACAUAAUCAAUUUGGAAGGGACCGGUCUCAAACUGCUUGUAUAGCAGGUAUCUCCAACAUCCUGCCCUUGGAUGUCAGGGGAUGUAAUGACUUAAGUUUAAGAACAGUUUAAGGGCCACGGGUUUUGACUAAAUCAAGAUGCAACCCCUCCAGAUUCCAUGUACCAUUAUUCUAGUGGAUGGGGG